GAAUAACAAAUACCUUGAUCUGUGAAAAGACAUUUGCCUCGUGUCGCGUCGUGUGCCGCCCCGCGAUUUAUCGCCGGUGAUAGUAAUAUUUUAUAUUCACAGUUAUUGACACACAAGAAUAAAAAUGUCAGGCCAGCCUCAUCUAGCAAAACAAAGUUUAGUUGAUUUGGACAUUGAGAAGCUGCAUCCGCUUUCGCCAGAGGUUAUCAGUAGGCAAGCCACAAUCAACGUAGGAACUAUUGGCCAUGUGGCGCACGGAAAGUCGACCAUCGUCAAGGCUUUGUCCGGCGUACAGACUGUCCGCUUCAAAAACGAAUUGGUGCGCAACAUUACCAUCAAGCUAGGUUAUGCAAAUGCCAAGGUGUUCAAAUGUGACAACGAGAAGUGUCCACGACCAACGUGCUACAUUGCUGCCGGCUCUUCUAAGGAGGACAGCUUCGUCUGCAGCAGGCAGUCCUGCAACGGACAUUUCCGUCUGACCCGGCACGUGUCGUUCGUCGACUGCCCCGGUCACGACAUUCUCAUGGCCACCAUGCUGAACGGAGCGGCAGUCAUGGACGCCGCCUUCCUGCUCGUCGCGGGCAACGAGCCGUGUCCGCAGCCACAGACGUCCGAGCACCUGGCCGCCAUCGAGAUCAUGAAGCUGCGGCACAUCCUCAUCCUGCAGAACAAGAUCGACCUCGUCAAGGAGACCCAGGCCAAGGAGCAGUACGAACAGAUCCUCAAGUUCGUCCAGGGCACAGUGGCUGAGAGUGCGCCGGUGAUCCCCAUUUCGGCGCAGCUCAAGUACAACAUCGAGGUCAUUUGCGAGUACAUCGUGAAGAAGAUCCCGGUGCCGCAGCGCGACUUCCUCUCGGCCCCGCGGCUCAUCGUCAUCCGCUCGUUCGACGUCAACAAGCCCGGCUGCGAGGUGGAUGACCUUAAGGGUGGCGUGGCUGGCGGUUCGAUCCUGCGUGGUGUGCUGAAGGUGGGGCAGGAGAUUGAGGUGCGGCCCGGUAUCGUGGAGAAGACCCAGGACGGCAAGCUCAGCUGUCGACCCAUCUUCUCGCGCAUCCUAUCACUGUUCGCCGAGCAGAACGACCUGCAGUUCGCUGUGCCCGGAGGACUGAUCGGUGUGGGCACCAAGAUCGACCCGACGCUGUGUCGCGCCGACCGUAUGGUGGGCCACGUGCUGGGCGCCGUCGGAGCGCUGCCCGACAUUUUCACCGAGCUCGAGAUCUCGCUCUUCCUGCUUCGCCGGCUGCUCGGCGUCCGCACGGAGGGCGACAAGAAGGGAGCCAGGGUCCAGAAGCUGACCAAGAACGAAGUGCUGAUGGUGAACAUCGGCUCCCUGUCCACCGGGUGCCGCGUGCUGGCCAUCAAGGCUGAUCUGGCCAAGAUUUCGCUGACCUCCCCCGUCUGUACCGAGGUCGGGGAGAAGAUCGCCCUCUCUCGCCGCGUCGAGAAACACUGGCGACUGAUCGGCUGGGGUGAGAUCCGGCGCGGAGUCACCGUCAAACCCGUGAUCCAGAAGUAGGCGAGACGGCCACGAACCGUCCAGAGGGCUCCAGCAAGCGCCAAGCGCCCGGACGCGGCGAGUGAGUGUGCCCAAACCAGAUCACAGUGAGGCGGCCAUGCGCGCGGUGCUAUGCUGUUGCUCGUGUGCUGCUUUGGUGGAAGGAUUAUUGGCGGAAUCGGCUACAAAUGCAUUCUUGGAUAUGAUUCGA